UAUCAACAUACAUGGACAUGUCCUGGUGUGUGUAAGCAGUUCAACACUGUCAAAUGCCACUCUUAGUGAAUUGGUAUCAAGUGGGAAAUUGGAAUGCUCUCUUGAGACUUGAGAAGAACAUAUAAUACUUUGCGUUGAAUUAGGGGAUUGAACAACAUUUAAACAUCAGAUGGGCUAUUCAAGUCGCCCUUUGUUAUUUCUCAAAAGGGAUUCAUGAUGGACAGACACCAAAAGGACGUUAUCCAGAGGAAUUUCUCUUUUCUUGUUGACCAUGUGGAUCCCCGACAUAUCAUUGCGGAUAUCUUCAGACGGAAGGGAAUGUCACGACAGUUGAUGCAACGUAUUCACAAUGAUGAAGGGCGGAUACACAGAGCGGAAGUAUUCUUUAUGGAAGUCGUAGAUACGUGUCCGUUCCAUGUGCUCAUAAACUCUCUGAGAUACACGAAACAUAGGUUUGUAGCUCAGAAACUGCUGAAAGCGUAUCAACCGAUAAUACUGGAAAGAAAUUCUUCACAAAAUACAACCCAACAAAUAGAUACUCGAAAAUCAAGUGACCUUGCGCAGCAAAACGGUCUUUCUAUCCAAAACGAGGAAUAUGUAUAUGUGUACGAAGAACUCAGAUCAUAUAGGGACAAUGGCGAUAUUGAUACACUUGAAAGACGAGUGAGCAGUAUAGUAUGGAAGUGGGAGUCUGAUUACAAAGCCAGGCAGCCAUCCGCAGAGAAGUCUUGUAUUGCACAACUUGCCAUCGAGGCCAAGUUGGCCUGGUUUCGUUUCCUGAUUGAGGCAGGCAGACCAUGCGAUGUGCUUGCACAUGUUCACGAUAUAGGAAGUUUUAUCAUUCAUACCGUGAACCCAAUAUUAUCAACGGUCAUGAUUUUGGCUGUUCAGACACAGUUACUGGUAUACCCCAAGGGAUACAUGGAAGACACCCUAGACAAAUACAAUGGCAUCAAACUCCUGUCAGCAUCUUUACCAUUGAAUGCGAUACAUUUGGUGAAUGUAUACGUCGCAGAAUUUUUCAUUGAUUGCAUGUCGUAUGAACUGACUGCGAAGCAUGAACUCAAGGACAAGAUAUGUAGUUCUCUCGACCAAAUCAUGGACAGGUUUGUCAACGUGACUAGUGCUAAUGAAGCUGAGAAGCGAUUUCGAUUAGGGUUCAUAAGAAGAAGCCUUGUGGUAAAGGCACUUCUAUGCCUAAAUAUGACAUCUUGUGGAAGACUUAUUUCUGGUCUUGUACCCAGGAGCGAUUUAGCAUCAGCAAAAGAUGCCCUUCAGCGAGUAUUCAGUGACUGGGAUAAAAUGGACAAAAAGUGGAAGAUGAUGUACCACGUUGCACAGGCGAGACUGCAGAUGUCGGAGGGAAACAACAGAUGUGCCCUCACUCAGGCUGAACACGCGCAGGCACUAUCGGAUCAGCUCUAUCACUGUGAGGAACGACGCAAUGUCACUCAGUUGCUGCAGGAUCUUCGACAUACACAGAAUGACUAAACGAUUGUGGAAAAACCGAAUUGAAAAAUGCACGUGUUUGAACGAAAAAAACCGAUUAUACGUUAAACUCUGACUUUACUUGUACAGUGGUUCCAUUAAUCCUGACUCAACAAACAUAAUACUUUAAUCCCAUUUCUUGCGAGACCUACCAAGUAACAUAUAAGUGUGUUCCAACAUUCCGUUUUCUCUAACCAAUAUGUUAUUAAUCACCACUGACUUGUAUACAUGGCGGCCAUCUUGGAUUUUGAACCGACCCGAAAAAUAACAACACUUGGUCAGGACCAUAUCAGGAUCAUUUCAGGCAAGUUUCAGCUCAAUCCCACUGGCGGAACUUGGGAAGAAGUUUAAAAUAGGUGUUCUUUAGGAAAACCAUGAUUGCGCAAUCAUGUUACAAAAUGGCCACCAUGGCUGCCAUGUUUUGACGGGGCUGAAAAAUGAUGGAACUUGAGAAGAAGUUUAAAAUGUUGAAAGUUUACGGACGGCGGACGACGACGGACGAAGCACGAUGACUAUAGGUCAUAUUGACCCUUUGGGUCAGAUGACCUUAAAAGCUACCAUGCGGUAACGCACAAGGUCCGGAUGGUGUUUUGGAUGAUUGCUUAAAGAGUGCACUAAACUUGUUGCUACCUUUUUUACAUGUACUUUUUUAAAGCAUUCUUGACUUUAGCUUUCAAAGUGGUAGGUGUAAAGCACUUAUUUUACUCCUGCAUAAAGGGACCGUUACAAUUAUAGAUAAAUCUCAGUGUUACCAGCUGUAGGAGUGACAACAGUGCUAAAUAUUCGUCUGAUUAAAUGGUGUAAUGUUGAAGGUAAAUUCUAUGAAGAACAGUGUGGAUAUAGUAGUGGAUAUAGCACUACAGAUGUUUUACUUCCUAUUCAUUGGUACAGAAGUACCUGCCAUGUCGACAAGAUCGCUUUUAUUGCAUUUUAUAGACUUUUUAAACGCAUUUAAUAGCAUCCAUCACCAUCUUCUUCGCCAUGUCUUACCUAAAAAUGGUAACCUUUUUGAUUUAAUCACUUCCAUGUAUGAUCAAUUAAAGACAUGUGUAAAAGC